GAGAGAUUCUAUACUAGUGGAAAACAUUUAAUGUUCUUGGUGAAGAAUCUUCACACCAAUCUACCAACAUCAUACAUUACAUUGGAUCAUGUGAAGAAGAUGAUUAAACUACUUCAUCUGCUGAAAAUUCUCCAAGAAGUAAAUCAUGCCUAUGACCCUGCAGCAAGAAAAAAUGAACUCUGAAGUCACUUCCUGAACAAAUCUUUCUUCCAAAUCCGUCGUAUUCUGGCAUACAAGCAAUUAAAGAUUUCUGUUUGAUCUUCUGUACUGCCUCGAGUUCUGCUAAAUUGCAAACUGAGGGCUUGAAACCAGUAGGAAUGCUGGUCAUUGAUGAAGCUGCGCAACUUAAAGAAUGUGAAUCCUUGAUUCCUUUGCAGGUUCCAGGCGUGAAAAACGUUAUUUUGAUUGGCGGUGACAAACAGCUACCAGCAAUGGUUCAAAGCAAGGUUGCGGAAAAUGAUGAUUUUGGACGGAGUUUGUUUGAAAGGUUAUCAAAAUACGAGGAUGCUUAUAUGACAGCAAGAACUGAUGUUGCAUCAGGACAGUUAUCUGGUAUCAAGUUAAGAGACGAUCUAGGAGAUUCGAGUUCAGGUGAUCAACUAAUGGAGUUGUUGGACAGAAUUCGUUAUCCGUCAAAAUAA